AUGUUCACAAGAAUCAGUAGGACUCCAUUCAUAAGAUUUCUAGAAGGCAAAUUGUUAUUCAUCGGGAGAGGUGAGCACUUUUUUCCAUGUGCUCAAUUCAUCUUCUUCUUCUUCUUUGGGUGUUCUCUUUUUUUUCCAUUGCCAUUUCAUUUCACUUCUAUUGUAAAAGACCUUCCAGUUUUUCAUUUCCUUCCUCACUUCCGCCGCUUUCUUCAACAAAUUCAGACAACUCUACAAAACUACGAAAAUGAGCUCAAAUCUCAAGACUUCCAAGGUCUCAUUUCGGUCUCCUUGACCAAUUUCGUCGGACAACGACCAAAGAGUCCAAAGCCAAGAAAGAGUCCAUCUCCACGCGUGAGCCCAAUGGCCAGCCCACGAAUGAAGAAGAAGUAA